GCUCCUCCGGCCCCGCCAUGGGCUGCUGCAGCUCCGCCUCCUCAGCCGCGCAGAGCUCCAAGCGAGAAUGGAAGCCACUGGAGGACCGUAGCUGCACAGACAUACCGUGGCUGCUGCUUUUCAUCCUCUUCUGCAUUGGGAUGGGAUUUAUUUGUGGCUUUUCAGUAGCAACAGGUGCAGCAGCAAGACUAGUAUCAGGAUACGACAGCUUUGGAAAUGUCUGUGGGCAGAAAAAUGCAGAGUCGGAAUUAUUUCCACUCAGUGGCAUGGACCACACCCAUCGGAAGUAUGUAUUCUUUUUGGAUCCAUGCAAUCUGGACUUGAUAAACAGGAAGAUCAAGUCUAUAGCACUGUGUGUAGCAGCAUGUCCAACACAAGAACUGAAAACCAUAAGUGAUGUUCAGAAGUUUGCAGAGAUAAAUGGCUCAGCACUAUGCACCUAUAACCUAAAGCCUUCUGAAUAUGCAUCACCAGCAGUAAUAGGUCUUUGCCCCAGACUACCUGUUCCAGCGAGUGCACCUAUUCCAUUCUUCCAUCGCUGUGCUCCUGUGAACAUUUCCUGCUAUGCCAAGUUUGCAGAGGCCCUGAUCACCUUUGUCAGUGACAAUAGUGUCUUACACAGGCUGAUUAGUGGAGUAAUGACCAGCAAAGAAAUUAUAUUGGGACUUUGCUUGUUAUCACUAGUUCUGUCCAUGAGUUUGAUGGUGAUAAUCAGGUAUAUAUCAAGAGUACUUGUGUGGAUCUUAACAUUUCUGCUCAUCCUGGGUUCACUUGGUGGCACAGGUUUACUCUGGUGGCUGUAUGCAAAGCAAAGAAAGUCUCCCAAAGAAACGAUUACUUCUGAGCAGCCUCAGAUAGCGGAGGCCAACCUUCGGGCACUCCUCAUCUACGCCAUUUCAGCAACGGUGUUCACGGUUAUCUUGUUCCUGGUCAUGCUGGUGAUGCGCAAGCGGGUUGCUCUCACCAUUGCCUUGUUCCACGUGGCCGGCAAGGUCUUCAUUCACUUGCCGCUGCUAGUCUUCCAACCCUUUUGGACUUUCUUUGCUCUUGUUCUAUUUUGGGUGUAUUGGAUCAUGACACUUCUCUUUCUUGGCACAGCUGGUACCGCUGUUGAAAAUGAGCGAGGCUUGGCGGAGUUCACAGUCUCGGGGCCUUUGCAGUACAUGUGGUGGUACCAUGUGGUGGGCCUGAUUUGGAUCAGUGAAUUUAUUCUAGCCUGUCAGCAGAUGACUGUGGCAGGAGCUGUGGUGACCUACUAUUUUACUAGGGAUAAAAGGAAUUUGCCUUUUACACCGAUUCUGGCAUCAAUAAAUCGCCUUAUUCGUUAUCACCUUGGUACUGUGGCAAAAGGUUCUUUCAUUAUCACGUUAGUCAAAAUUCCACGAAUGAUCCUUAUGUACAUUCACAGUCAGCUCAAAGGAAAGGAAAAUGCUUGUGCUCGAUGUGUGCUGAAAUCUUGCAUUUGUUGCCUUUGGUGUCUUGAAAAGUGCCUAAAUUAUUUAAAUCAGAAUGCAUACACAGCCACAGCUAUCAACAGCACCAAUUUCUGCACCUCAGCAAAGGAUGCCUUUGUCAUUCUCGUGGAGAAUGCUUUGCGAGUAGCUGCCAUCAACACGGUGGGGGAUUUCAUGUUAUUCCUAGGCAAGGUGCUGAUCGUCUGCGGCACGGGUCUGACUGGGGUUAUGCUGCUCAACUACCAACAAGAUUACACAGUGUGGGUGCUGCCUCUGAUCAUCGUCUGCCUCUUUGCUUUCCUGGUCGCCCAUUGCUUCCUGUCCAUUUAUGAAAUGGUAGUGGAUGUUUUAUUCUUGUGUUUUGCCAUUGAUACAAAAUACAAUGAUGGGAGCCCAGGCAGAGAAUUUUAUAUGGACAAAGUACUGAUGGAGUUUGUGGAAAACAGUAGGAAAGCAAUGAAGGAAGCUGGUAAGGGAGGCGUUGCUGAUGCCAGAGAGCUAAAACCGAUGGUAGGUGGUGAUGAGGAGGCAGCUGCCCUCCAGGAGUUUCACUUUCUCUUCCUCUCUCUCUCUCUCUUCACUGACUGCACUUGUUCAGGAGAAGCUGUUGUUAUCUGUAUCACGCAGGACAUGCUGCUCUUUCUGUUUGUGUGUUUACCCAUCACUUGGAUGGCGGAAUUCUUGUCACAGCUGAGACCGCCUUCUGUAAAAGUAAGCUGAAAGGAACAGUGUUCAUGGCAGGGGUAGGGGAUCUCUUUGUCCCUGAGGUGAACUUGGCAGUUUCCAUUUUUUUUGUGUGUUUAGCUAUCAGAGUUUAGUUUUCAUGGGACUGAACAUUUGGUUGUGCACUUGAACUGACAGUUUAAUACUUACCAUUUUAGAAGUGAUGAUAGCAAUUCCUUUCAACUUGCUGAAAUUCAUAUUUCUCCCCUUUUUAAUAUUGGUUUGUUUAUGUUGCUGUCUUCUCCCCCUUGCUGACUUUUUCUUCUGUUGCCUGGACUGUACUUUCUUUGUUUCUUAAGCGAUUUUUCAGUAGCAAACAAGGCUAUUUCCAUCCACACCCACAUUCCCACUCAGUAAGACAAUCUGGUCUUCUCCAGCCUCAGCUUAAUUGUGAGAAAGAUAAAUCAUCUCUGGUCAGUGGUAUAUAUAACCACUCUCUUUUCAUUUGAAAAAGGCAAUUUAAAGUUAACCAGUGGAAGAGAAUCCUGAGUAGCUUUUCCCACACAUACUCUUACCACUGCAUAAUGACAGAUGUUUUUAACUAUAUUGUUCUAAUUACUGCUUGUAUUACAAAUUAUUCUUCUUAAAUAGCAUGUUUAUUUCAAAAUAUUAUACAAUUGUCUACAUCCUUAAAACAGUUAAUUUAAAAUAACAUGCCUUCUAAUUGCAUAUAAUGUCCCAAGAAAGGUAAGGUAAGGAUUCUUUUGGCUUUCUUCUUUAUACUUUAAUAAAUGGUUUGAGUUAUAAGUCUCUAAUUUGAAAAAUAGAUAGUUUUUAAAAAGUCCAUUUAAGUAUGUAGGAGUAGAGGAGAUGGGUUCGUGGCAGAGGUACAUGUUUAUAGAAAAUAAUUCCAUAUUCAACCUGCAUUAAAACCUCAACAGAAUCUUUAGACAAAAACUCUUCUCUAUAGCCCCAUCUGUUUCAAUGUUGCUUUAAAUAGCACUGAUGAUGAUAAAAUCAAAACUUCAACACUUAGAGUCCCAAGGCACAGGUCGCUCUAAUCAUAAAUAAAAAGAUCUAGAAUGGCCAUAUAAACUCUUAGUUUUAACUGUGCAUCAGCCAGAACUAGACGAACAGGGAAGGGGCACUAAUCACCAGUUUCUCCUAUUAGGAUCCUCACCUUCCUACCUUUUCUUUCUGCAUCCCCUUAACUUCAUGUAGCCUGAGGGGGUUGAAGUGAAAAUUCUGCCAACUCCAAGGUGGUCUGGAAAAAUGAGGAAAGCUUCCUCCUUGCCACCGCUUGGUUGUCCUAAUUGUUCAUAAAAUAAGGUUUCAAACUUAAAACUUUUAAAAGACAUAUACAAUCUUAAAAUGUAAACUACUCUCCCCUCUUUUCUCUCUUUUUUAGUGGUUGAAGCUUACAUUAAACCAUUCUUCAGUGAUAAGCAUUUAAAGAAAGGGAGAAAUAAUUAGAAGUUUAGUACUAGCUACUCUGACCAUGAGUUAGCAGGUAUUUCUGUAUUAUUCUUGGGGCAAAGUUAGCUGACUUGUGGCAUACCAGAAUGCAAAUAUAUUUGCUCUUACCUAGACCCCUCAUUCAUAGGUAUUAGUACUAGGAGAAUUGCCUGCAUUAUGUGUCAUUCUACUAGAAGCCAAAAAUGUAGAAAGGGUUUCUUCCCCCUAAUAUUACUUUCAGUUUUGAAUUAAUUUCCCUUAAUUCAUAAACUGCAUUAAAUUCUUCAUUCUGCCUUUAUUUUGUGUUGUUCAUUGGUUCACUGCUUGCAGAUUAAUGGCAAAGCCCUCUGCUGUGUAUCCAAAUACAUCUUUUAUGUGCAUUGUUUUUCUGGUGCUUUGUACACUGUAGCAUUUGAUCUGUAAGAAUUAUAUUUUAAGUGGUUCAAAAAGUCCCUGUGAGAGAAGUGUGAAUUGUUGUUCACAGCGUAGUUAAAUCUUUUAACUUUUAAAUCUCAUCAGUACCUCUACUUCUCAUCUUUUGUAGUAUGCAUGAUAAGAGUUGACCUCAACUACCACCAGCAUCUUAUGUGUGUCCCUAAAGAAUUAUCUGAGAAAUUCCCUCCUAUGGUUUGGGACUUGGUUGAAUUUAGGAUUGCUUGUUUGUAUUUGCUUGGUUUAAUUCACAUGUUGUUCCCUUAGAUGAAAGUUCUGUUAACAGACCAUCAUCUAUAGAAACACUGGCUGUUUGAGUUCACUGUGUUUCUUUUUAAUGCAAUAGUUUAAUAUAGGAGGUUUUUUUCCUAUAAAAUAAUGUGCAGAAACCUAAGAUUUGAAUAUUUACUUUUGACAGGGAAUCACUGAACUAAAAUAAGUACUUCCAAUUUUCCUCUUAAGACUUUUUUAUUUGAGAGAGAGCCUCACUAGUUAAGGAAACUUUGAAGGUUUGUAAGGUCUUUUCUGUACAUCUUUGAAAAUUAUUUUAGAAAAAUUUACCAAAUAUGACAUAGAGGUUUAAGAAAAAGAUAUUCUGGCCUUUUGCUUUUUGUCAUACAGGAGAAACUUACAGAGAAAAUGGAGGAAAAAACCUGGGCACUAGAGCAGUGUAAACUAGAGAUGAAUUCUCUGCCUAUGUUAAAGAUGACCCAGAGGGAAAUGUGAAUUUCAACAGGAAUUUCAGCCCCUGGAAUUUAGGUUCAGGGAAGAGGGAUUCUCAAUCCAUUUUGCUUUAUUGCCGUUUGUGACCAUCUGUGUAUUUGUAACAUCAUUCAUGAUCUCCUUUUAAUGAUAACUGUCUAAGAUUAUACUCUGUAUGACUU